ACUGCCCCUUCAAGUGAUCUCAGAUGGAUAAAAGUAACACCCAGAAGAUCGUCGCCACUGAUUCGAAGAGUGAGGCUGAGAAAAGUUUAUCUGAAGACCCCAUAUCUGAUAUGAUGUCCCAGACGGCUAUAAGCGAUAAUCCCAAGAUCGUUGUGGAUGCGAGAGAUGAGGCUGAGAAAAGUUUAUAUGAAGAGUGUACAUCUGAUAUAACGUCUAAGAUGGCUAUAACUGAUACUCCUACUAUCGUUGUUGAUGCGAGAGAUGAGGCUGAGAAAAGUUUAUAUGAAGAGUUUACAUCUGAUAUAACGUCUAAGAUGGCUAUAACUGAUACUACUACGAUCGUUGUUGAUGCGAGAGAUGAGGCUGAGAAAAGUUUAUAUGAAGAGUUUACAUCUGAUAUAACGUCUAAGAUGGCUAUAACUGAUACUCCUACUAUCGUUGUUGAUGCGAGAGAUGAGGCUGGAAAAAGUUUACUUGAAAACUCUAUAUCUGACAUGCUGUCCAAGAUGGCUAUAGGAGACACCCAUGAGAACGAUGAGGCUGAUAUGACGAUCCACAUGGAUAUAGAUGAUACUUCUACGAUCGUUGUUGAUGCGAAGGAUGGAGCUGAGAAAGGUGGGUCUCACGAGGUCAUAUCUGAUACAGCGCCCCAGACGGACCAGAUAAGUGACACUUCUAAGAUCGUUGUGGAUGUGGAGAAUGAGGCUGAGAAAACUGGGUCUCAGGAGUGCAAAACGUAUUUGACGACCCAGAUGGCUAUCGAUGACUCCCUAGAGAUCGACUGUAGUAGGAAGGCCGAGGCGGAGGAAUGCGUAGAACAGUCACCACAGAAAGACACAUCUGUUGCGGAUACAUUCGUGGAGCCCAAGACUGUUGACACAGAUGAUAAGGGACCUGAAGUUGAAGAGCAAGUGCCCAAUAUUGAGGAGCCUGUCGAUACGUGGGACCUGCUCACGGGUCGACAAAACCAUAAGACUGUCGCCAGUGAGUCGGAGAAGGUCAAAAAGCAAGUGGGGUCGAACUCUUAUCGCUCCGGACAGCUUCCCGUGUUUAUGUGGGACUCCAGCUCGGAGGAGGACGAACCCGUAAAGCCUCACGUGGAUAUUAAUUACGAGAAUAUCUUUGAGGACGUGGGCAAGCUGAGUGCGGUGGAAAAGCACCUGCAGCUGCUGUACAGACCCUUCAGCUGUGUGAUCGAGAUGAUCUGCCGGUUCAACAUCUUCGAGCUGUGCAUCCUGAUCUCUGACUCCUGCUACGAUCCGGGCUGCCAUCCCUCGGUCUCGGUCCGCACCGUCAAUCCCACUGGCCUGGUCAAGAUCUAUUCGGGCGGCAAGAUGGUGUCCACCGCAUUGACCGCCGAGUCGGCUCGGAUCUGUCUGUUCAAGGUGGUGCGGAUGGUGGAGGAGUUGGACUUCAAGGUGAACGUGAAGAACCUCAGUCGGAACAUCGUCCACGCCUCCUUCUGCAUGCCCUUCAGCCUGGACCUGGACCGUCUGUACGAGCAGCAUCCCACGAAGGUGACCCGCAACUGUCGCGCUCGGCCCUUUAUCACCUACACCAUCGAGGGGGAGAACAUAGUCUUUGCUAUCUUUCCCAGCGGCUUCGUCCUGGUCCUGCACUCGACCAAGCACUCGGAAACCCGGGCCGCCAUCGCUGCCCUCCUGCCGAUCCUGGCCCAGUGCAAGGACGGAUCCACCAAGCAGUCCGAGAAGCAGGGUCGCGUCUGCGGCGACGUCUCCUUCAAGCUGUUGUGGGAGCACAGGCUCGAGCAGGACAAGGAGGGCAAGCUCCUCUACUCCUAGAAUACCCCUCCGCACCCAGCCGCUCUCCUGCUUCCCGAUCAUCGGUUGGGGUCUCGUUUGUUUUGUUUAAUUUCAUUUUUGUGCUCUGAAAUACCGUGAACAUUUGUCAUAAACCAAAG